AAUUUCUCUAAGAUAUAUUUUGGAUUUGUAUUCAGAGUGAGUUCUUACAAGUUUGAUCAAAUUGUUGAUUUGUGGUAAGAUAAAUUGUUGUUUUAGAGAUAGAUUAUUGUGGUAUUUCCAAUUCGUGAAGAAUUCAAGUUUUGGGGCAUAAACUUGAAUAUUGUAAUCUAUAUUAAUUAUUAUAGUGGAUUUUGGCCGAAAUUACCUCGUGAUUUUUUCCCCUCUACACUAAAGGUUUUUUCCACGUAAAAAUUUGGUAUUGCGUUUUCUUAUUUUUACUUGAAUUAUUUAUUUACAUAAUUAAUUGUUCUAGUUAAUUGCUUGGAUUGAUAAAAUUAUUCUUGCAAUAAUUGAAAUUGCCCAACACAAAUGUGUAACAUAGUCACCAACUAAUCCACCCACUUCAAUAAUGAAAUGUUUUUACCCAUCUAUCUACCUACCACAAGUACCACAUCUAUAUGGCUUAUAAUGCAAUGCACUGAAAUAGACACAAGCUGCUCAAGUAUUUCCACCUCCUCUUGGCUCACUUCUUUCAGCUAUGUCUUGGAAAAUUAUGGUAGUCUUGUUGAUUGGAUUUCUAGCAUGGGCACACCAGUCCUUUAGGCCACCACCUCCCCGCAUUUGUGGUUCUCUUGGCGGUCCACCGAUUACAGGACCCCGGAUCAAGCUUAGGGACGGAAGACAUUUGGCCUAUAAGGAGCAUGGAGUCCCCAAAGAAACAGCUAAAUAUAAGGUCAUCUUGGUUCAUGGCUUCUCCUCGAGUCGACAUGAUGCUGCUCUUGCUACAUCGCCAUUGGUCGAAGAAUUGGGAAUACACUUCGUGUCUUUCGACAGACCAGGUUAUGGGGAGAGUGAUCCGGAUCCCAAAAGAACCAUAAAAAGCACAGCUUUAGAUAUAGAAGAUCUUGGAGAACAACUAGAACUUGGUUCCAGAUUUUAUGUCAUUGGAUUUUCCAUGGGAGGAAAUGUUGUGUGGGGAUGCCUCAAGUACAUUCCACACAGGCUGGCAGGAGCAGUAUUGAUUGCUCCAGUUAUCAAUUACUGGUGGUCUAAUUUUCCUGCAAGCCUAUCUACAGUGGCAUACAAUCAACAGCCCUGGGAGGACCGGUGGGCACUUCGAGUGGCACACUAUAUACCAUGGCUCGUCUACUGGUGGAACACACAGAAGUGGUUUCCUUCCUCCAGUGUCACGGCAGGAAGACCAAAUCUUUCGGCCUCAGAUUUGAAAAUGGUUUCCGAAUUAGCUGAAAGAAUGAUAGGCAGGGAAUAUGCAACUCAGCAAGGAGUAUUCGAGUCCCUCCAUAAAGACAUGAUGGUCGGGUUUGGGCAAUGGGAAUUUGACCCUAUUGAUCUCGAGAACCCUUUUUCCGAUAGAGAAGGUUCUGUUCAUUUGUGGCACGGUGUUGAGGAUGGAUUGGUGCCUGUUUCACUGCAACGCUUCAUUGCCAGGAGGCUUUCUUGGGUACAAUACCAUGAAAUACCAGAUGCAGGACAUCUGUUUGCUUAUCCUGAUGGUGCUAUAAAAGACUCAAUCUUGAAAACACUUUUGACAGGGUAGAACAAGUAACCGCAGUAUAGGUUGUUAUGUGCUUCUUGAACCGUGUUUCUGAUACUUAAUUCCUCGUGUCAUGAUUCUGUACAAUUUGACUCAAGACAUGCAUUUAAAUUGCAUUGCGAAUUUAAAUUUUGAUUUAGUGGCCGUUAUUUUCAGAA